UACAAAUAUCAAAUCCUUAUUGAUGGAACUGUGGCAGCAUACAGAAUGCCAUACCUCCUUGCUGGGAAUAGUGUGAUCCUUAAGCAGGAUUCCAUAUAUUAUGAACACUUCUACAGUGAGCUCCAACCCUGGAAACAUUAUGUGCCUUUUAGAAAAGACCUUAGUGAUUUACUUGAGAAGAUCAAGUGGGUCAAAGAUCAUGAUAUUGAGGCCAAAAAAAUUGCACAAGCAGGACAGGAAUUUGCAAGGAAUAAUCUAAUGGGAGAACAUAUUUUCUGUUAUUAUUUUAAGCUUUUUCAGGCUUACGCAAAGCUACAGGUGAGCAAACCAAAAAUAAGAGAAGGGAUGGAAAUUGUUGAACAGCCUUCAGAUAACUACUUCCCAUGCCAAUGCCACAGAAAUUUG